AUGGUGUCUGUACAUCUGAUCUUCCUGGUCUUCUGCGUCGGUGGAGUCCUUUCUGCCCUGCCGAAAGGUUGGAGAGCCUGCAAACAGAGCGAACCGGAAUACGAAGACUGCCUCAAGCAACAGAUCGACAAUGCCAUCCAGUUCUUCAAGAACGGUGACAAGAAGAUGGGAAUCAUCCCCUUGGACCCACUCCACUUCGACACGAUGGACGUCGAACAAGGCUCCGGUCCUGUCAGUCUCACCCUCAAGAUGAAGAACGUAUCCUUUGUAGGCCUUUCUGAAAGUCGUGUCACCAGUGUCAAGAAUGACUGGAAGACGAUGAAUUUAACUUUCCACAUCCCUUACGCUCAUAAUGAAGGAGAUUAUACCAUCAAUGGACAGAUCUUGGUACUGCCGAUAUCUGGAUCAGGAAGAGUAUCCAUGGAUUGGUAUGACUUGAGUUACAUAUUUGAAAUGACCUUCAAAGAAAUAACAAAGGAUGGAAAAAAAUAUUACCAAAUUGAGAAAAUUCCAGUAGCCGUAGUGCCCAAGAAGGUAUCUUUUAACUUUGGGAACCUCUUUAACGGAAAUAAGGAACUCGGAGAUAACACAAACAAGUUUCUUAACGAACAUUCGGAAGAGAUUCUGAACGAAUUGAAGCCAGCGAUGUCGAAAACCCUCGAGAAAGGCUAUCGAAUCUACAUUAACAGGAUACUGGCCAAGAUACCCGCUGAGGAAAUUGAUGUUAAAUAA